GUGAGGAGGGAGUGGCAGAAAGUGCAGUCUGAAAUCAGACACAGCGAGGGAAGCAGGGAAAGAGGGAGGAGAGACAGAGAGGAAGAGAAAGAAAGAUAGAGGAAAAAAGAUAGAUUUAGGGAGGGACGGAGGAAAGAGAGAAAGAGCAAGGGAUGAAAAAGACAAAUAGAGGGAGGAGAGAGAGAGAUAGAGGGAGCGGGGGGAAGCAGAGAUACAGGGAAGGUGUGAGUGUGUGAGAGAGAGAGGGCGGGUGUGUGAGCGGACAUUCUUGAGCGGGGUUGCCGGCUGCCCGCCGGGAGGCUGGGUGUAUAUAACGCGGGAGGGCAGGCUGCUCAGGGAGAUGUAGGAGCUGGGGGAUACCAAGUGUUGUCCUGGAACAGGGAGCCAGCUCUCGGGACGGGCUCCCGGGGCUGUCGGCAGAGCCUGAGCGAAGGACGGAGAUGAGCUUGUGGCUGGCCGCCGGGGUGCUCCUGGCCCUGGGCUGGCGGCCCCAGGCAGCCGGGUUGGCGGAUGUGCCGGGGGUGAGGAGGCACUGUGAGUCUGGUGCCUGUAACCCUCACCUGGGAAACCUGGCAGCAGCCAGACAGCUCCAAACCAGCACGACCUGUGGAUUAAACGGCACUCAGUUCUUCUGCUCGCAUUCGGGAAGGGGCUGCAUGGAGGCACCAAUGUGUGGGAAAUGCGGUGGGUUCCAUGGCCGGCAUUCCCACCCAGCAAUGGCGAUGACCGAUUCCUCCUUCCACCUCCCACAAACCUGGUGGCAAUCCAGCCCAGGGAGCUACAGAGAGACCAUCCAGCUGGAUCUGGACACCUCCUUCUACUUCACCCACCUCAUCAUGAUCUUUAAAACUCCCAGGCCUGCUGCCAUGGUUCUGGAACGUUCCCAAGACUUUGGCACCACCUGGAAACCCUACAAGUAUUUUGCCACGAACUGCAGUGAGAUGUUCGGGCUGCCCGAUGACCUGAACCACAUUGGGGCAAUCUGUACAUCCAGAUAUUCGAAUCCAUUCCCUUGUAGCCGAGGAGAGGUUAUAUUCCGUGUUCUCACCCCUCCGCACUCUGUGGAAGACCCGUACAGCGUUCAAGCUCAGGAACUGUUGAAAGUCACCAACAUUCGAGUGCGCCUUCUCAAGCGACAGUCGUGCCCUUGCCUGAGCCCGGCAGCCAACCUCAAACCCCAGUGGUUUGCACACUACGCAAUCUACGACUUCAUCGCGAUGGGGAGCUGCUUCUGUAAUGGCCAUGCUGAGGAGUGUGGGCCCACCGAGGGUUUCAGGCCAGUGAGGGGCAACUUUCCGACUGUGGUCCAUGGGAAGUGUAUCUGUCAACACAACACUAUGGGGGAGCACUGUGAACAGUGCAGGCUUUUAUACAAUGACCAACUGUGGAGACCAGCAGAUGGCAAGAAGGGAACUGCGAAUCCAUGUCAGAAAUGCACAUGCAAUGACCAUGCAAACAGCUGCCAUUUUGACCUCACGGUGUGGUUGGCAUCAGGUAAUCACAGUGGUGGAGUGUGUGACAACUGUAGGCACAACACAGAGGGGCAGCACUGCCAACUGUGCCAGACAGGCUUCUACAGGAACACCAGGGUCCCUUUCUCUGCUCCAGAUACCUGCCUGGCCUGCUCAUGCCAUCCUGUUGGCUCUGCCAUGUUACCUUCACAGCCCCGUGCCCCCUGCGACCCUGUGACCGGCAACUGUUUGUGUAAACCUGGUGUGGCUGGGCCCCGCUGUGACAGGUGCAUGCUGGGAUACUGGGGCCUCGGAGAAUAUGGCUGCCGACCAUGUGACUGCCCCGAAAGCUGUGACCCUUACACAGGGGACUGUACCAGCAGCACUGUCGAUGAAAACUGGUACCAGCAGCCUGCAGACGCAGCUCCGAAGCAUGGCCUCUUGCCCUCUCUCACUGGGAGAGAUCUCAGCUGGGGCUGGGGAGAUGAGCAAGGAUUUUCUGCUCUUAGACACUCAGGGAGGUGUGAGUGCAGGAAGCAGAUUCUAAGAAAUCCUAAGGUGUUCUGCAACAUGAAGUAUACGUUUGUCCUGAAAGUAAAAGUUCUCUCAGCUCAUGACAAAGGGUCACACGCAGAGGUCAUUGUGAAGGUCAAGAAGGUGUUGAAACUGACAAAGUUGAAGGCUCACCGGGGCAAACGAGUUCUGUACCUAGAAUCGUGGACAAACCGAGGCUGCACUUGCCCGGUUCUGAAUCCUGGUACAGAGUAUCUAGUUGCUGGGCAUGAGGACAUUCAGAGCGGCCAUCUGAUAGUCAACCUGAAGAGCUUUGUCCAGGCUUGGAAACCUGAUCUCGGCCGAAGGAUAGCUCACAUCUUGAGAGCAAAGUGCUAGAAAUGCCCUGUGUUUGAAAGCAGUGUGAUGUUUCCCGAUUGUAUUGAGCAGGUCUCUGUCCUAAGGGAAUCUGUCAGCCAGUGAUCAUUAUGUUAAAGCCCUCAAACACAGUGGUUUCAGAUCUAAACUGGCCUUGGAUUCCUUUCUUUCUUCAAAAAAAUUCUUUUGCUUAUUUUGUAUGUAAUAACGCACUUUAUUAGCUGACGGGUCAUGAUGGGGAGAGAUUAUUAGAUAUGCAACUCGAAAGUUUAAUGCAUUAAGGUGACAGGACAGUUAAUAGCUAUACUCCAGCUGUGAAACCCUCGCCACUUCUCCCCACCCUCCCCCAUACACGCAUACGCUCACACACCCACAUACAUAGACUUAAAAACAAAGACAUACGCACAGACAUAGACAAACCCACACACACAUACACACACACACACAACACACACUGUCACAUAGACAUGCACAUGCACACAGGUAUACACACACACAUACACACACACACACACACACACGGCUCUGUAACACUGACAUGGAUUUUGAAUCAGAGGGACAUUGCUUUGGCGGAGUUUUGGUGGUUGCAACAUUGUGUCCUGGUAGUUGGCAUCUUUCAUAUUGGUAUCAAGGACAGAUCCCACACACCGAGCAUGAAGCUGGACCCUUCAGACAGUUCAACGGGCUACAGGCCCCCAGCUGUAGUAGACGGUUAGCUUUAUAGUAAUAAGUAGCGUCCUUAAACAGAGUUUUGUUGUUCUGAUUUGGAGUCUCCCUUUACCACUGGACUUUGUGUCUGACAUUAAAGGUUUUCUGCAGAAGAAUGAUAAUUUUAUGUAAAUGUAAACCUUAUGCACUGGACUUAAAAGGGAAAAUUGCAGUGUUACAUGUUGAUGUGUAGACUUUGAACGAUAAAGUAUAGAAAUGUGUAUGCACUUAGCAGUCCAAUGGAUUUGCAAAAUAUUUUGCCUUUUUUGACUUCUUAAUUUACGCAAUAAAAUUGGCUGAACUGUA